AUGACGUAUCGCAUACUGUUCGAAAGCCCUCAUCCAGUAGUUCCACGUCCCACAAGUGUGAGAGGCCCAGCGGUGAAAUGUCGUCAGACACCCGCAAGAAGGAAGAGCUGUUACCGAAUGUCGACGGGUGUCCAAAAGGACACGAAACGCGGGGAGAUGGUGGAGUGGAAUGGGAUGAACCUAACGCAAAACAAAUGGGGGGUAUAUCUCCGUAACUGCCACGCGGAAUUUGACAAACUAGGUGUCCCUAGAGAGUGCUCAACAAGCAUGAUGGAGGACCGGAAAAUCGAAAGGAAUGGCUUAGAGGCACGCGAGGCGUAUCUUGACAAUGGCCGCUCGGAACUGGACAAACGAGGCAUCCCCAGGAGGGGCUCCGCGAUGGGAACGUACGGACUGAAAAGCGAGAGGGAUGGUGCUGAGAUACCCCAGUUACGACCCCAAGACCUCGAGAGUAGACUUUCCUACAAAAUUGCGAAUAUCUUUGGAACUGCCAAGUCAAUCACGACGAGUUUUGGAUCAAUAUGGAGACUAUCACCUUGCGGAACAGCGAGAGACGUGGAGCGAAAAGAACGAACGCAAAAUGGCAAUGGGUGCACAGCUGGCUGA